UUCGACAAAACAUGGGUAGUACUGAUCGCUGGUUGUGGUGUUUUGGGGCUGGCUGUGUGGGGUGGACUUAAUGCAAUGACUCUAAAGAUGAUUCUCUUAUGGAUGUUUAUCGGCUUUGGGUUUUUGACCUUCCUUAUGCAUUUGUUUGGCUCACCUAUUAGUAUUUUGUUGGGCAAAUUUUUCCGUAGUUCUUCGGAAGAUCAACAGACCAGUCAAGUAAAAUAUACCGACGCAGAAUUGAAAGAAAGAAGGCAAAGAGCGUUGCAAAUGAAACAAUUUCUGCAAGAUAAUAAGGUGGAUAUCUACAGAGAGAACAUUUUAGAACCAAGGGAAGAGAUUCUUAUGGCAAAGCGAGAGGAGGAGUUUUACAAGUUUGACAGCAGGUGGAGAGGCAGGGGUCAAAGAUUAGGGAGGAGACAUGUAGAAGAACAAGCUGAAGAUGACUUUUUGUCCCAAGAGUUUUUGCUUCAUGAAGAUCCCAGCUCAGAAGAAUUAGGAACAGACACAGAAGAGAGUCCACGUAAUGAUGAUACUUCAAACAUCACUGAAUUUGGAACUGACCACAAGUGCAUGUCUAGAAAAGAAGAGAAUGAGACAAAUUCUGUGCGUCAAAGGAGACACAGUCAGAGCUGUGAGGUAAUCUAUGUUUUUAUUGUUUCCAACAUACCACAUGAAGAAGAGUAACUUUAGCCCUUCACACCCCAUCAA